CCUUGUUGCUUCUGGGCUUGGGGACGUGUUUCCCCAGGCUCUCUGGGGUCCAUGCUUACCAAAAAUAUUCUCUUCUUUUAGAAACUGAGUCCUAAGCCUCCAUUUCUUCUGCAGUGCUUUGGCAAAUAAAUGCACAUGAAGGAGGAAUGCAUAUCCCUUGCCAAAAAGGGAACUGAAGAUUGAAAAGAGCCAUGUGGCCAGGAAAUAAGCUGAGCCUGGCCCCGAAGCUAGAAGAGUCUCUUCUGGAAAUUGGGGGAGGCAGGAAGUACUCAAUGGAAGUGGCUGCCCACUUCAUCAGGACAGUGGGGGCGUGAGACAUGGAGAGAAGGAACAACGAGCCAAGAGGAGUGCCUGCUACCGAGGUGCUUUCCUAGGCUGGGAGGAGGACGGGGGUUAAGCACCUGAGCUGGUGACGAUUGAGUCAGCCCACCAGGAGGAAAGAAAGAAACUGGGAGUGAGGGGGAAAGGGAGAAGCAGGACGGCGAAACUGGGUCUCUUCCUAUAGAGCCCGGGGUCUCUGUCUCCCCGUCAGGCAACACGAGCCCCCGGCACGCAGCUCUGCAGUUUGUGAGCUCCGGAAGUUCUAUCCGUAGUCACCUGCCUUCCACCGCUAAUGAAAUUACUGCGCCAAGGUCCCCGCGUGCCUCCCUCUGCGGCGUACAGCUCUGCAGCGUUUUGGGGACCGCCUUGCAGCUCACGCACGCGCUUUGCAGCCGCAGCUGAGCGCGCGCCUCCCUCUUCCCCUACCAGCCACGCGCACCUACUGGGGAACUGACAGACGGAUCGGCGGGCGCGCAUCCUUUACCCCUUCGCCCCGCCCCACCGGAAGUGACGCAGGCACCCGGCCUAGCAACCGUUGCCAAGAGGCUCUGUCUCCUGGAGCCCCAUACCGAGGCUCUCCCCCGCCCCCAGCCCCAACCCUGGAAAAAAAAAAAGUCGCGUCGUGAGGAGACGUGGAGGUGCAGACCAUAAUCCAUCAGAAGUUAAUUCAUACACAAUUUGUGAAUUGGUGUAAUUUUAAGGACCUAAUUAUGAGUGACCAAAUCAAAUUCAUUGUGGAGAAGCUCAAUAAGGAGCCUUUUAAGAAGAACUACAAUUUAAUCACAUUUGAUUCCCUGGAGCCAAUGCAACUAUUACAAGUUCUCAAUGAUGUUCUUGCAGAGAUUGACCCGAAGCAAGUUGUUGAUAUAAGAGAAGAGAUGCCAGAUCAGACAGCUAAACGGAUGUUGAGCCUUCUUGGUAUCCUUAAAUAUAAACCUCCAGGAAAUGCCACUGACAUGAGUACCUUUCGUCAGGGUCUGGUUAUUGGAAGCAAACCUGUAAUUCAUCCAGUUCUACACUGGCUUCUUCAGCGGACUAAUGAACUAAAGAAAAGAGCAUACUUAGCUCGUUUCUUAAUAAAACUGGAGGUCCCAGCUGAGUUCCUACAGGAUGAAACUGUGGCUGACACCAAUAAACAGUAUGAAGAACUGAUGGAAGGUUUCAAAACCUUACAUAAAGAAUGUGAACAACUCAAAACAUCUGGAUUUUCUACUGCAGAAAUACGAAGGGACAUCAGUGCAAUGGAGGAAGAAAAAGAUCAGCUCAUUAAGAGAGUAGAGCGCCUGAAGAAAAGGGUGGAGACAGUGCAGAAUCAUCAAAGGAUGCUUAAAAUAGCCCGACAACUUCGAGUAGAAAAAGAAAGAGAAGAAUUCUUAGCACAACAGAAACAGGAACAAAAGAAUCAGUUAUUUCAUGCAGUGCAGAGACUGCAAAGAGUGCAGAACCAGCUGAAAAGUAUGCGGCAUGCGGCAGCAGAUGCAAAGCCAGAAAGUUUAAUGAAGAGACUUGAAGAGGAAAUAAAGUUUAAUUCAUAUAUGGUAUCUGAAAAAUUUCCUAAAGAAUUGGAUAAUAAGAAAAAAGAAAUGCAUUUCUUACAAAAAGUAGUUUCAGAGCCAGCCAUGGGACAUUCUGAUCUCCUUGAACUUGAAGCUAAGAUAAAUGAAGUGAAUACACAGAUCAAUCAGCUCAUUGAAAAGAAAAUGAUGAGAAAUGAACCAAUUGAAGGCAAACUUUCAUUGUACAGGCAACAGGCGUCCAUCAUUUCUCGUAAAAAAGAAGCCAAAGCUGAAGAGCUCCAGGAGGCCAAGGAGAAGCUGUCCAACCUUGAGCGAGAAGUGUCACUGAAGGCGACACAGACCCGAGAAUUCGAUGGGACUGAAGUUCUGAAAGGAGAGGAGUUUAAACGUUAUGUUAGUAAACUUCGGAGUAAGAGUACAGUUUUCAAAAAGAAGCAUCAAAUAAUAGCUGAAUUUAAAGCGGAAUUUGGACUUCUGCAGAGGACAGAGGAACUCUUAAAGCAGCGUCAUGAGAACAUUCAGCAUCAGCUGCAAACCAUUGAGGACAAAAAGGGCAUCUCUGGCUACAGUUACACCCAGGAGGAGCUCGAGAGGGUGUCUGCCCUAAAGAGUGAAGUGGAUGAAGUGAAAGGACGGACACUGGAUGGCAUGUCAGAGAUGGUAAAAAAACUGAACUCAUUGGUGGCUGAAAAGAAGUCAGCAUUAGCCCCGAUCAUCAAAGAGCUAAGACAGUUGCGCCAGCAGUGCCAGGAACUGACACAGGAGUGUGAAGAAAAGAAAACACAGUAUGACAGCUGUGCAGCGGGCCUGGAAAGUAAUCGGUCCAAACUUGAGCAGGAAGUUAGAGGGCUUCGGGAAGAAUGUCUUCAAGAAGAAAGUCGUUACCAUUAUACAAACUGUAUGAUUAAGAAUUUAGAAGUCCAGCUGAGGCGUGCUACUGAUGAGAUGAAGGCCUAUGUCUCUUCUGAUCAGCAGGAAAAACGGAAGGCAAUUAGGGAACAGUAUACCAAGAAUAUUGCUGAACAAGAAAACCUUGGGAAGAAACUUCGGGAAAAACAAAAGGCUGUACGAGAAAGCCAUGGCCCCAACAUGAAGCAAGCUAAAAUGUGGCGUGAUUUUGAACAAUUGAUGGAGUGUAAGAAACAGUGCUUUCUGAAACAGCAAAACCAAACCUCCAUUGGUCAGGUAAUUCAGGAGGGAGGAGAGGAUCGACUGAUACUCUGAAUUCAUGUGUAAUCACUAGGGGUUGAUAAUAGGUACUAACUAUAAUCUUUUCCCUGUGGUGUUUGUUGUUGUAUUUGUUUUGUUUUGUUUUUAAGCCUGAAAACAAUCUGUCACUCUUAUAGAAUAUAUUAGUUCCAAAUUAGCUUUUCCCUAAUGAUUUUUCAUGGAAACUCAUCUUGAAAUAGGGCUUAGAUUUGGAGUUUUGUCACUUUUUUAUUUAAAGGAAUAGGCUUUUUCUUUUCUGUUUAACCUUUAUAAAGUGGUGUCUUCUGAUUUUAUUGGAUGGGUGACUAAGUUUUACAACCUGGAUAUUUAAAUGUGUACCCAUUAUGAAAUGUGUAGUUUUCUCCAAACUCUUAAUGUUUUUCUUAAUCUUUUUUUAACUUUAGAGGAAUCUUUUAGGAACUUCCCUCUCUCAUUUUGAAGAAAUAUUUAUCUGAGGUUCAUCAGUUCUUUCAAUUUACUUCAGAAUUUCUCUUUCUUCUGUUAAAUAUAAGUAAAAUUAAAUUUAUUUUAAUGUGUUAAUAGCUUUGUUCUGUUCAUGUAACUUAAAGACCAAUAAAACUUGUUGCACAUAC